UCCGUUGCUUCUCAGUUUCUCCCCGUUCUCUAACCUCCUCCUCCUCCUCCCCUCAAGAAAAAAACCUAACUCCUCCAAGACUUGUGAGAUGGGGUUCCGCCUGGCGGUGAUUGGCAGCUCUGCCGCGUCAAUUAGCGCAGCGGUCGGGAGGAGUGUUGGGCGACUCGGCUAAUCAGAGCGUGAAGCUGCAGCCGGAGCCCGCCUCCUUCCCUGGAUGUGGGCGGGACUUCGGGGGCUGUGAGGAAGCUCUGAGAAGGGGCCCGGGCGGUGGCCAGGAGGAGGGGGGCGCGCGCCCAGGAGUCGGAGUGAUGAUGGGCGCGCGAGAAGGGAAGAGUUGGGAGCAGCCUGGAAUGCAAUCAGUUAUGGAAAAAACCUGAGUCAAUUAUUUCAGCUAUAAUUUCCAAAAUUACUUCAUCAGAGAGAAAAGGAAAAGAGCCUAAUGAAAGCCUUAUGAAAGAUGUUCAUAGGGAAGUCCUAAGUCUGGCCAGAGUCCCUCCAGAACAGACCCACACCAGUAUUCACCCACCUCCGAUGGGGGGGAGAGAGAGAGAGAGAGACCAGGAACUCCCAUUUUGAGGCUUCCCAACUGAAUCAAAUUGCAAGGCUCAACUGUAGAAAAAUAUGGGAGACGACAGGCCGUUUGUGUGCAGUGCCCCCGGCUGUGGACAGAGAUUUACCAAUGAAGAUCACCUGGCUGUUCAUAAACUCAAGCAUGAGAUGACAUUGAAAUUCGGUCCUUCCAGAACAGAUUCCGUCAUCAUAGCAGAUCAAACUCCAACACCAACGCGUUUUCUGAAGAAUUGUGAGGAAGUUGGUCUCUUCAACGAGUUGGCAAGCUCAUUUGAACAUGAAUUCAAGAAAGCCUCAGAAGACGAUGAGAAAAAGUGUUCUGGUCCUCUCGAUAUGUCUCUUCCCUCUACCCCAGACGUCAAAAUCAAAGAGGAAGAGCCUGUCGAAGUGGAUUCUUCUCCUCCAGACAGCCCAGUAGGGAGCCCACAGUCACCACAGCCUAAGGAGAAGGAGAGCGCUUCAAAACCUAUUAUAAUUUCUACGCCUACACCAACUAUUGUACGUCCUGGAUCUCUGCCACUGCACUUGGGAUAUGACCCCCUACAUCCAACUCUUCCUUCUCCAACCUCGGUCAUCACCCAGGCACCACCUUCCAACAGACAGCUCGGGUCUCCUACCAGUUCUGUACCACUUGUCAUGCACCUUGUGAAUGGACAGACUAUGCCGGUCCUUCCUGGCCCACCCGUUCAGAUGCCUUCUGUCAUAUCGCUGGCAAGGCCGAUGCCUAUGGUGCCAAACAUUCCUGGUAUUCCUGGUCCCCCGAUUAUCAGCAGUGGCUCAAUUUCACCAUCAGGCCUUCCAGGACACUCUGAAGCUAAAAUGAGGCUAAAAGCCAGCCUGACGCAAGGAAUCACUUCCUCACUGAACGGCAGCAGCAUGAUGGUGGGAUCAGCGAGCACAAUGGUGACUUCCCAUCCUGAACAGGGUCAGAUACUUAUCCAGCACCCUGAUGCACCUUCUCCAGCCCAGCCACAGGUUUCCCCAGCUCAACCCACACCAAGUACAGGUGGCCGACGGAGACGCACAGCAGAUGAAGAUCCAGACGAACGCAGGCAGCGUUUCUUGGAGCGGAACCGCGCUGCCGCCUCCCGCUGCCGCCAGAAACGCAAGCUCUGGGUGUCGUCCUUGGAAAAGAAAGCAGAAGAGCUCACCACACAGAACAUCCAUCUAAGUAACGAAGUUACAUUAUUAAGGAAUGAAGUUGCGCAACUCAAACAACUAUUGUUGGCUCACAAGGACUGCCCUGUCACUGCAUUACAGAAGAAAACACAAGGUUAUCUUGAAAGCCCCAAAGAGAGUUCUGAGCCCACCGGUUCUCCAGCUCCUGUCAUCCAGCACAGUUCGGUGACUGCAUCUCCCAAUGGGCUGAACGUCCGCUCUGCAGCUGAAGCUGUUGCCACUUCAGUCCUCACUCAGAUGGCCAACCAAAGGACAGAACUGAACGUGCCCAUACAGUCACAUGUCAUUAUGGCACCGCAGUCCCAGUCUGCUGGCAGAUGAUGUCGCCAAUUGCAUGACAUAGAACUAACCAAUGAACUGCAGCCAGAGAGACUGAUCAUAACUAAGCCCCUUGUUCAAAAUGGGGUGGAUACAGUUUUUGUUUUGUUCAUUUGUUUUAUUCUUUUGAUUUCUUAAAAAUGAGUGAAGGGCAGCUAUGGAGCUUCUAACAAAGUAUAUCUCACAUAGGUCCUGGCCUCAAACAUCUAUCAUAGGGCCAUCAUCUUUCCAAAGGGUGACUUUGGAAUAAGUCAUUUUGCCAUACUUUAGAGACCAUUUCUGAUCCUAUCUAGAAUCAACCAUUUGGAUAGCCUUAUACAGUGUGAUCUUAAAUGGUUAAAGUUCAGGUAUACAUUGCGCUAACACUAAGCCUCCCUUAGUUUGGUUCCUCGUGGUGCUUCCUUGUCUUGGCUACUGUAGCAAGAGAAAGCAGUUCUUGGGAGGUGCUGUGAUGUUUUGCUGGUGCUGGCCAUUUUUGUGGAAAACUUUAGCAUCCCGACCGUUUUUGUAGCAUAUCCAUCAACAUGGUACCUGACCUUCCAUUCUACACUUUCACACAGGAUUCCAGCUCACGGCUCUGAAGAUGGUAAGCUCCAUAAUUUGGUCGGUUUGAACUGUUCAAAUUGUUUUGUGAAGAGAGUAAGAAACCCUCACUAUUAGCUGCUGCAACUGAUGGGUGAUUUUGCUGUUCUGGAAGAGAAAAUGGCAGGCCUGCUGUAUGCAUUGUAGAUCACAUAAUUUGUACUAUGCAUAUUAUCAGGGAUACCUUUUUGGUCAUGUUGUUAUCUAAUACAGACUUUAAUUUUUGUAGUUCAAGACGAAAGCCAUCAAAACACAAUGGGAAUUCUUUGGUUUUUAAGUUACCAGGUGGGAAGAGCUAAGGCGUAUUUCAAUAACGGGAAGGAAGAACAUUCACAAGGGCAUCUCUUACUGUGUCUAGGAAAAAAAAAUAGAAUGAUUUAUGUCAGUGUUUCUCAAUCUUCACAAUUUUAAAAUGUAUGGACUUCUAAGUUGACAGGGGAAUUCUGGGAGUUGAUGUCCAGACAUCUUAAAGUUGCCAAGGUUGAGAAACAGUGAUUUAUAUCUUUAGAAUCUGAGUAGUUGCAGAAUCAUUCAUAAGCAUUACAUUAGCAGGUUCAAAGUUACACAGUGCUAAGCUGCAGGAUGUAACUAAACAAAGUUGUUUGGGGACAACAUCAGAGUUAGCUCAAUGGAAGGGAACAGGAAAAAUUAUCUUUGUUUGCAAAUGCUAAAGAUUCAAUACUCUUAUAAGCCAUGUUCAUUUCAAAAGCUAAGCUGACAUGUUUAACGCAGUGAGCUUUUCAAUUGUGGCCUUAAAUCAUGGACUAUUUCAAAGACAAGUAGAUGGGGGCAUACAUUCCAAAUUGCUUCCCCUCUUACCUUUUUGUUUUGGGUUUGUUUUUUUUUUGUUUUUUUGGUCAAAAGGUUUUCCAUCCUAUUUUUCCUUCAGAUGAUGUCACCUAUUGCUUUUUUCCAUCUGUCUCUUCCAAAAUAAAUACCGAGUUUCUUGCCCAUUGCUAUCAUAGGGUAGAUUGAGAACAAAAAGGAAGAAUUGGAAGUAAUCUCUCCCUUUUUCUUCUGCUUCUUGUCAAAGUGUGUGCAUGUGUAUCUUGGACUGACCUUGACCUCUUGCUAGUUGGCCAAUGUUUAGCUUGAAUCACAACCAGAGGAAAAGGUGCAGAGCGAUAGUUAGAGUGCAGCUAUCAUGAGCUUGCAACUUGACAACUCGUCCACUAUUUUGUCUUCCUAAUUAUGUUUUUUUUUUUUAAUAAAGCAUUGUCCUAUAAGGGACUGGGUAACCAUGCUGCCAGUCUAUACAAAUUUUUUUAUUAUUCCUCAGUUUCCACCCACUAGAAAACACACAUAUAAAACACACACAAAUGCACAUGUCUAUCUAUAUAUGUGUAAAUGUAUAUGUGGCAUGUUAAACUUAAUGCAGGUUUUCUGUUAUUGGUGUUGCUAUUGUCACGAUCAAUCUAGCUUCUCAGGACCUUAAUGCCGCUUGCUCUCCAACUGUUUCCUUGCCUGAAUAUGAUGCUGUUGCUUCUUCUGUGACGUGUUUAAUUUUAAUUUCUCCUGGGUUCCUUUUCCUUUCUCCUUUGUUUAAAAGAAGCAAAAUGUGUUUUGAAUGUCUGCAGACUUCCUUUUAACAAGCAUUUCAGACAUCCUGUCACUUGUCUUCCUCCCCAUCUCCCCCCCCCUUUUCCUUGCUCCCUUGAUAUGCUAAAAAUGCAAGUUGGCAAGGGCUUUGAAAUAUAACUUGUCCCAACAGGGUAUCUGUUUCCUUAGUGACAGUUCCAAUAACAGUGCACAGCAGGUGUAGCCAGGAUCUUCUCAGGUUAAUAGGAAAAGAAAUGAGCUUGCUGGCAAGUGGGACAGAUGAUAAGGUAUUUUAGUUUUCUUUUCUUUUUUUAAUUUAUAUUAUUUUUUUGUACCUUUCAAAACAUAACUGUGGUGCAUUCUUUCAUUUAAAAAAGAACACUUCAGAAUUCUGCUUGCUGUUGAAUGAAUGCAAUGCAAGUCCAGAGAAAGGACUGUAGAAUUUUGGUUUCGCAUAUUUUCCAUUGAAAAAUAAGAGCUCACAAUAGCAUUGAAUUUGCUGUCUGAACUGGUGCCUAGAUUCUCAUUGACAACUAGUGUUUUGUUAUGAAUAAGAACAAAUGAAGCUAUCAGUUGCACUAUUGGCCAACCUAAUUCAACACUGUCUUCUUGAGCUAGCAUUGGGGGCAUGGUAAAUAACCUGGAAGGGAAGUAUGAAUGUAUCAAGAUUUGCAAACGAGUGAUAGGCAGAGACUUGCCAAAUAGAGGUUAAAUUUUGGGUGGAUUUCCUACCAUAGUUCAAAAUGACACCAAAAGAUAGAUAUGGCCCAGCAUUGUCCUUACUCAGGUCCCUCCAAGAAUUGUACAGUUGUAACACAGAGUGUGAUUCAGUAAACCCUAAUAAUUCAGACCAAACUGGGUAGAGCAGCUGUGGUUUAAGAAUAAUCUCCAAAUAUCUAACUUAAAGAAGGCUUUUCUUUAUUUGGGGUCAUGAGAUAAAAACUCCAGAUCUUUCUCUUAGAUAGGAACCUUGUUUUAGUGCAAUUGGCAAUUGCGCCUGGAACUUUUUAUAUGAAAAUCUCUAAUACACUAUAAUCUCUCUCCUAAUUGGACAUGAGGCUGCUUCAGUUACUUUUAGGCAGGGGUGUAGAGCAAGCAUUCUGCCUCAACUUGGCACUCUCUGGAAGGGCUGGCUAGAGUUAGGACUGCAACUCUCAUUGUAACGGACAAAGGAAAAUAUUUGUAGCACAGGGUUGAAAUGAGGAGUUCUUGACGCUCUCUGAACCUGAUUGUCUUCUUGCAGAGAGCACCAAGGACCCCUCAGCUCUAUGUUGGCUAUCUUGGCUGAAAUGGGAGUUGUGAUCUAUCACAUUUGAAUAUGCCAAGCUGAGAAAGGCUGAUCAUUAUUAAAGAUCUUGUGAAGUUGUGGUGGCCUUCCCUCUGCAUGAGUUCAUGGUCUGUGCUGCUUUUCAGACAUUGUCACUCAGCCUGGUUCACUUAAUUCUGUUACAGAGUAGACAUACGUUGAAUCUUCAGUCAAUGUGAGAGUUAUGCUCAAGCUCUGAGGCAGUAAGAACAAGUGACAGUAACACUCCAGGAACAGGUAAGAGGGCUUGUGGAAAGGACCUGAUUUCUUGGGUCUGAUAGAAUGCACAAGCUGCUUCCUAUGGGAGACAUACUGUGGUUCAAAAUCAGGGAGUAUAAUAUAAAAGAGCUUUCAUAAAAAACGUCUCAUUCCCAUUAGCUUACCCCAGGCCUGUCAAAAUGGCGGCCCAUGGUCCAGAUCCGUCACGCACAGGCCACACCCACCCCGGCUCUGCAAAGGCAAAAAAUGUUGCAAUAUGUCACAAUACAUCACGUGACGCAAUCGAGAUUGACACCCAUAGCCUACCCUAAAAGAACAUGACUGCAGCCUGGCUCUAGGAGUUCCCUUCCUCUGUGCUCCAGGACUUCAGGAUAAGAAGGGAAUGUAGCAAACAAAAGCACACAUAAUAUGAGCCAAGGGGACAUUUUUAUGUACCCUUGGGAACUCCUGCUGUAACUUUGGAUAAAUUCCACUCUUCUGUUAGAUUAAGCCGAUCAGCCACCCAGAGUCUCGUGACGAGAUAGGUGGCAAAUAAAUUUAAUAAAGAAAGAAAUAGAUUAAAAUAUCAUGCUGUUAGAGAUGAAGAAAUAUUUGAGGGGAAGGUUAAAAAUUAGAAACCACAUCCACCCUGUCUAUUGGACUCUGCUGUAUCCUCAACCAAAAAAUGCCCAGCCUAGUAGAAAUGAAGCCAGAAUUGAAAUAAUCUUACCAUUAUUUUUUUUUAAGUGUUGUUGUUGUUGUUAGUUGCGAAGUCAUGUCCGACCCGUUGUGAUCCCAUGGACAAUGUUCCUCCAGGCCUUCCUGUCCUCUACCAUCCCCCAGAGAUCAUUUAAGCUCACGCUGACUGCUUCAGUGAUUCCAUUCAGCCACCUCAUUCUCUGUCGUCCCCUUCUUCUUUUGCCCUCAAUUGUUCCCAGCAUUAGGCUCUUCUCGAGUGAGUCCUUCCUUCUCAUUAGGUGGCCAAAGUAUUUCAGUUUCAUCUUCAGGAUCUGGCCUUCUAAAGAGCAGUCAGGGUUGAUCUCCUCUAGGACUGACUGGUUUGAUCACCUUGCAGUCCAAGGGACUCGCAGGAGAGUCUUCUCCAGUACCAUAGUUCAAAGGCCUUGAUUCUUUGAUGCUCAGCCUUCCGUAUGGUCCAACUUUCACAACCAUACAUUGGAACUGGGUAAACCAUAGCCUUGACUAUACGCACUUUUGUUGGCAGGGUGAUGUCUCUGGUUUUUAGUAUGCUGUCUAACUUUGCCAUAGCUUUCCUCCCCAGGAGCAAGCGUCUUUUAAUUUCUUGGCUGUAGUCCCCAUGUGUGGUGAUCUUGGAGCCCAGGAAAAUAAAAUCUGUCAUUACCUCCAUUUCCUCCCCAUCUAUUUUCCAGGAAUUAAGAGGGCCGAGAGCCAUGAUCUUAGUUUUCUUAAUGUUGAGUUUCAAGCCAACUUUUGCACUCUCCUCCUUUACCCGCAUCAGAAGUGUUGUGACCCAGACCCAAGUAAGUAUUAUCAGAUGCAAUCAGUUCGAAACAAACAGACUUUAUUAUUAACUCAUUCUCAGCGUAAUCCAAACUAAUUCAAAACAAAUUCUUCAUAACACAAUUCUUCAGCCUUAUCACCAACCUUGGUCUAAUUAGGCAACCUGCCAAAGGCUUUUCUUGGCAAAAGUUCAGAAGCAGAAGACACCGACAAGAAAUAAAUGCAGCAAGACAAGAAACAAAUCUAUCAACAUUGUUUUCCAACAAAAGCCCAAGAGGCAUUGCUGGUCUUUUAAGCCUUAUGGGAGGGGCCAAUCAUCUCUUGGCCUUACUCUAAGUCCUCCUUUCUGCUUUAGCUGCUCUUGCCUUCUGGCAGCUCUUCUCAUGCGUGCACUAGGAACAGGUUCCUCCUGUUCCUCUGCCUCUCUGCUGUCAGCCUCUGGAGGCUCCGGAGUCCGUACAUCACUCCCAGAUGGCCUGGCUCCAUCUCUGCCUACAAUGCAGAGCCCUCAUCCGGGCCUUCCCCAGCCUCCAGGACUGGCCCAUGUUCUUCCUCAACCUCCUCACUGUCUGACUCCGCUGCCAGCUCCGCAGGCUGCUGGCAGACCAAAACAAAAAGGCUCUUUAGUUCCUCUUCACUUUUUGCCAUUAGAGUGGUAUCAUCUGCAUAUCUGAGGUUGUUGAUAUUUCUCCCAGCAAUCUUAAUUCCAACUUGUGAUUUAUAUAGUCCUGCCUUUCUCAUGAUGUGCUCUGCAUAUAAGUUAAAUAGGCAGGACAACAGUAUACAGCCUUGCCGGACUCCUUUCCCAAUUUUGAACCAAUCAGUGGUUCCAUGUCCAGUUCUCACUGUUGCUUCUUGACCCGCAUAUAGAUUUCUCAAGAGACAAAUAAGAUGGUCUGGUACUCCCAUUUCUUUGAGAAUUUGCCACAAUUUAUUGUGAUCCACGCAAUCAAAGGCUUUAGCAUAGUCAAUGAAGCAGAAGUAGAUGUUUUUCUGGAACUCCCUAGCUUUCUCCAUGAUCCAACAUAUGUUGGCAAUUUGAUCUCUAGUUACUCUGCCUCUUCGAAAUCCUGCCUGUACUUCUGGUAGUUAUCAAUCCACAUACUGCUGGAGCCUAGCUUGUAGGAUUUUGGGCAUAACUUUACUAGCAUGUGAAAUGAGUGCAAUGGUGUGAUAGUUUGAACAUUCUUUGGCAUUGCCUUUCUUUGGAAUUGGAAUGUAAACUGACCUUUUCCAAUCCUGUGGCCACUAUUGAGUUUUCCAAAUUUGCUGGCAUAUUGAGUGUAUCGCUUUUACUGCAUUGUCUUUUAAGAUUUUGAAUAGCUCAGCUGGAAUAUUGUCACCUCCACUAGCUUUGUUGUUGCUCAGACUUCCUAAGGCCCAUUUGACUUCACAUUCCAGGAUGUCUGGCUCGAGAUCAGUGGCCACCCCCAUCAUGGUUAUCAGGGACAUUAAGCUCAUUCUUGUAUAGUUCUUCUGUGUAAUUUUGCCACCUCUUCUUAAUCUCUUCUGCCUCUGUUAGAUCCCUGCCAUUUUGGUCCUUUAUCAUGCCCAUCUUUUUAAGUGUAUUUGAAGGAAAUAAUUUCUCUUAUAACAUUUUAAAAUUAAACUCUGCUUUGCUGUCCCCUUUUCCAUGUACUUGCAUCUGGUUUGUAACGGUUCCCUUAGUAUGAUUCUGUGCUCCUAGCAAUCAUUAAAAAUGAAGCAACAUUUUGCAUGUUGCUUUAGUUCCUGCUAUUAAAUACCUGCCUAGUUAGUAGAGCUCCGGAACUACAAAAUUUGGGGUGUGUAAGUAACCUCUGCAGCAUGGAAUCAUAGUAAAAGGUGGCUCUUAUAAGGCCACAGAAUUAUGUGAAGAAUUGGUUAGACUGUGAUCAGCCCUACGUUAAAUGAAGCUGACACACUAGUUAGCUGUGAUAAACAUUACAGUUCAUAACAUCAACAAUUGGGUUUGUAGCAAGGAUCUCUGUAGUCAACUUCAGAUGAUGGCCAAGAUAUAAAUUGUUGUCUAAAAAUAAUUCCUUUCAAGUAAGCAAAGAAUUUUUGAGAUUGAGAGCAGGGUAAGGGAUGAUCCUGUCAAGUUACUCUUUUAGCUCGGACCUUAUACCAUGUUAGGCAUAAGGCUGAUCUACAUAUUCUAGAGCAACGAGUCUCAUUUUAUUUCAGCCAAUCUUCUGAUUGUACCAAGGAAGUGCAUUCUGGGCUCACACCAUAUUUAUAAGAAAUUACUAUUCUAAGUGUGUACCCUUCCAACCUGCCAAUUGACCAGUGACUGCAUGUCUGUUACUGAACUCUUUAACAAAAUUCUGUGCCUUGUAGCAAAGAAAGCAAUCUGGGAAACCAUAUAUAUAUAUAUAUAUAUAUAUAUAUAUAUAGUUAUAUGUAGUGUGUGUGUGUGUGUGUGUUUUCUUUUCUUUUCGUAGGCCUUUAUGUGUAUUUCUUUUUAGCCAGGUUCCUCCUACGUAAACCAAGAUUUUUAUGCAGCCCUAGUUCAGUGAAAUCCCAAUCCACUAGUUUCUAGGCUUUUUUUCCAGCACCCAGCAAGCUCCCUGCUGCCCAUUGGGAGAGCCUUAGUCUCCUUAGUCUCCCAAUGGGCAUCAGGGAGCUUGCUGGCUGCUGGAAAAAAAGCCUAGAAACUAGUGGAUUGGGAUUUCACUGAACUAAAAGCUUCUUCUAUGAGAAGGAGAAGUACCAUAAUCUUCCAUAAGUAGUACAUUCCUAGUACAUGUGAAUCUGUCUCUUGGUAAUUAAACGUCAGCAUUUAAAUAAGCUUCAUGAGGAAGUUGGCUCUAUAAGCUUCCUUAUAUAGCAGUUUUCACAAAUGGCAGUGCCUGGGCUGGAAAAACUCAUAUCAAGGAUCUAUCAAAUCAUGAAUAGAUUUCUUUUAAAUACUCCCCGCCCCCAUCUCCAACAAAUUGCAAACAGCUUUCAAAAUCUUUCAUUUCUCUUCUCGUGGCAAAGUUUAAGUAAUUUUUCAUAUGUUCUUCUGAUUUCAUUAGAACUACAGUAGUUCAUACCAGUAAUUGUUGGAUCCAUUCUUGUGUAUGUGGCCUUUACCUCUGAACAGUUUCGUUUAUCAUUCUAAAGAGAUACUGAAGUUUUGUAGAACAGAAUCAGGAAACACCCUUUUAUUGGAUAGGCUCAGAUAUUUAUCUUACCUUUUUUUGUUUUUUCCUUUUGAAUGUUACAGUAAUAAUAGUAAAAAAAAAAAAAACUUAUUCUGGUAAAUGUCUCUAAUAGAAAUACAAUACCGCUAGUUGCUGCUUAGUGAAAUAUUGCAGUGUAUCUCAGCUCCUUGGGAAAAUGCAAUAUCCCAACCCAUUCUAGUUCUAUUGGUGUAGAUUGCCCAUCUCUAUGAGAAACUGUUUCACUCAUACCGUAGUAGGGGACUCUUUCACACAUUAUGCUAAGCAAAAAAGUUACAUUAUGGUUCGUAUUUAUCUGAGCCAGGCUUUAUGUCUGUUUCAGUAUAACAGUGUGCAUUUCAGCACACAAGACCUAGUCCUAGAGAGUGGUGCUUCCACUAGUAACUCAAAAUCCAUAAGGAUUUGGUGCAAAUAACAUUAUGGCGGCCAUACUUUCCAUAUAAGUAUCAGGGUUGUGUAGGAGACACUUGCAGCCAAAAAUAGACUUCUGUUAUUGCAGACUUCAUUAUGCUCUCCCUACUUCUGGACAAGCUGCCCUAUGUUACAUUCUCCUGAUUGUCAGUGUCUGUCUUCUGAUAGAACAGGAGUCCCCAAACCCCAGGCCAUGGACUGGUACCAAUCUCUGGCCUGUUAGGAAACAGGCUAUGCAAGCGACGGGCGAGUGAGCAAAGCUUCAUCUGUGCAUGUGUGGGAUCUAGGUUGUGCACAAAACCACCCCUGCUGUCAUAGAACACCUAUGGACACAUAAAGUAAUCCUUUUGUAUUCCAACAAACAGUCUACUAUUGAAUAUAACCAUUGCUUGUUUGUAACUUAUGGGGAAGCUGUAAUAAAUUCGCUUAUCCACACCAACAGAAAGGGAGAUUACAAUAGUUGCAUAUAAAGAAGAUUCUGGAACUCAUGAUGGAAAAUUAUUUUGCCCCAAGUGAUCCGUCUCCAGUAUACCUGUAGUACUGGCACAUCAAGGAAUCUUUGAAUAGAAAGCAAGGAUAGGAGUUACUCAUCGUAUAAAGUGUUGACAGUUAAUGCUUUCCGGUACUUUUUUCUUAGGAUAAUUAUGUGUUAAAUGUAUAUUUUUUCAAAAUUACCAACAGCUGCAAAAACAUGCUUGUGUAAGUGUGCAUGUGAUUCCCCUUGUGUUUUUUGUUGUUGUCUACCGAAGAGGAUUCUUGUUUGGGUUCCGUGGUCAGCUUGCUUAUUGGAUUCUCACCCAUUUAUGACACUGUUCAAAUUGCUAGAUAGGGAUGGUCAACUGCUUCUGGUCUACUUUCGUCUUCCAUUCUUUUAAUUGUAUCAUCCUAUUUUAGCGAACGGUAUGUUUCCUGACCUCAGGCAAUUUUUACAAACUUAUUGAAUAUAUUUUCUAUGGGGAAUUCUGCUCCUGUUGAACAAUCAUUCUUUCUAUCUUACCUUCCUGCUUUUUCACUCCUCCACCCAUCAGCUGUCUGCCAAAAUCUCUUUCCUCUAGGGCAGCGUUUCUCAAUCUUGCCAAAUCUAAGAUGUGCAGACUUCAACUCCCAGAAUUCCUAGCCAGACUUGCUGGCUGGGGAAUUCUGGGAGUUGAAGUCCACAUGUCAUAGAAUUGCUAAGAUUGAGAAACACUGCUCUAGGGCAAUGUCUCGCAACCUCAGCAACUUUAAGAUGGGUGCAUGCUGGGAGUUGAAGUCCACAUAUCUUAAAAGUUGCUAAAGUUGCUCUAGCCGGUAAUGGAUUGCCAUUCUAAUCAAGGUCUGAGGACAAGGCAAAGCCCUUCCAAGUUCUGCUUAUUGGCAUAUCCAGCUGAUUGAUUGGCACCUGUAAUCUCUUUACAAAAUCAUUUCCUUUUCAGCACUAUAUGGUGUGUGUGUACUUAAGAGGAUUAUUUCUUGCGAAUAAUAUAUUGUGACUUGGAAUGCUAUUCUUUCCUCACUAGAUGACAUUCAUGUUAUAUUCUAAAGAGGAAGAAAAUUUCAUGUCUUCCAAGACUGCAUUCUUCAUAUUUUAAACAAGUCAUUGGUUGGAUUUAUGCAUCUGUUUAAGCCAUAGUUUCAUGAACAAACCACAAUAUACUAAGUUUAUGAACUACAAUGACAGUGUUCACUCAGUACUGAUGGACCAAACUGAACAAAUUAUCUUUGGUCUAGUGGUUAAGGCAUCAGGCUAGAAUCUAGGAAUCUGGGACUUCUAGUCCCAUUAAGGUAUGAAAGCUAGCUGGGCAACUUUGGAUCAGUCAUUCUCUCUUAGCCCAAAUCACCUCACAUGGGAUUUUCUGGGGGAAAUUGAAGGAAGAAGUAUUAUGUAUGUUCUCCACCUUGAAAUAUUUAUAAAGAUAGAAUAUGUAUUUUUUUCAAUCUAUGGCUUAAAUGGAUGAUGAGCUCAGCCACGGACUUGUGAAAAACAGAAUUCUUUGAGGACCUUUGGCCUUGGAAGCCAGCACAAAGUGAGAAUUUCCACUUCUUUCUCUCUCUGUGGUGGUUCUUGACCAAGGUCCACCAGAGUUUGGCUCUGUUACUCAUUUUAACUCUAGCACUUCUCUCCAGCACCAGGGGAAGGCCAGCUGUGGACCCAUGGUGGGACCCAUGGUGGGUUCCCUGGAUGGAGUGGGGGGUCGCAGUUAAGUGUUCAUGGAGGGUCAGCCAGGGACAAACAACCACGGUGGGUCAGCUGGGUUAGGGAGCCAUGGUGAAGUGGGCAUGGUCAUGUGUAUGUGAUCAAUUGUCCUAGACCUCCCUCUUUUCAACAACGUAUUGCACACUGACUUCUUCCCAGCAGCAUAUGGACCAAGUUUAGCAAAAAAAAGGCAGCAGCAGCAGCAGCAUUCAGGUUCAUUACUGGCCCCCCAGACAGAAGCUCUUUACAGAUCUGUGAGCUGACUGAUGCUUAGCCAAGACAUUGCAUGUCACAGAAUACUUAUCUUCUAUAAUAAUAAUAAAGAAUUCAAGUAUUGGAUAAGAAGAGAGGUUUUCACCCUAAGUUCUGUUUGAAGUUAGUCUGCAAUUAAGUAAUUGGUUGUUUGAUUUAUUUAUUUAUUGCCAGUUUAAAACCACAUUGACAGAAAGCUAUAAAAAUGGGAGACGAAUCCUUUGGCCAAACAGUAAUUAUAAUGGAAGCCCCAGUAGAUGUGUUGAAAUAUAUUCUUCAGUUCUAAGAGUGAAAAUGAUAAAUGGUACUCUCAGAACUGUUUCCUUUUCUAGAACCAUUUCAGUCUGUCUUUUGGGCAACAUAGGCUACAGAGUCUGCUUUGGAAGAUUAGGAGAAAUUAGAUAAUAGGGGGCAUAUGGGGCGUAUGUCUCAGCUAAUUUGUCUGGAUCUUGUGAUGCCUUUCAGGACCAUCUGCCAUGAUUGCUUCUAAACUAGUUGAUGUAGUUGUUUCGCAGUGGCUUCAGUCUUUCCUGUUGGGCAAUUUCCAGAAGGUGGUGCUGAAAAUAACUAGCUUGAUCCUAUGGCCAUUAGCUUAUAUCUGUGAUGGUGAACCUAUGGCACGUGUGCCGGAAGUAGCAGGCAGAGCCAUCUCUCCGGGCAUGCCAACUGUCACCCGUUGCUCUUCCGGGUUCCGGCAUGGACAUGUACAUCAACCAGCUGGUCUUCACGUGUGCGGGAGUGCCGGAAACCAGAAGGUGCGCCAGGAAGAUGUGCUUCCAGUUUCCAGCACACGCACGUGUGCCGGCCAUCUGUUCUUCACACACGCAUGCGUGCCAGAAACCAGAAGACCAGGUGGCUGGUGCGCACGCCAGGGAGCUGCUCUUCUGGUUUCUGCCGCUCCCACACGUGUAUGCUGGAAAGCUGCUCUUCUGGUAUUUGGUGCUCCCCCAUAUGCGCAUGCACUCCCGUUUCAGCACUCAGUGCCGAAAAGGUUCGCCAACACUGGCCUAUAUGGUGUCCCAUAGAGUUCUGUUUUGUCCCCUGUGCUCUUCAACAUUUAUCUAAAAUUGCUGGGGGUGGGGGAAGUCAUCCAAUGAUUUAUUAGAGUAGAAGUGUUGUGUGGUUCUUUUGUUCCUAAUUCUUCAAGCUUCAAAAAGAAACUAGUAUCCUUGAAUGCAAGUUAAAUUCAGGGAUUAAUAUUCAGACAAUAGACAGAUGCUGUUAAAUCAGUAACUAAGGGAACUUUGGAAUUAAGACUCAGUCUGUUUUGAAUAAGAUUGCAUACCCUCUGAAAGAAGUCUGCAAUUUUGGGACUGAUCCUUGAUCUUCAACUAGAUUUGUGAGUAGUAACUAAGUCAAGGAGCAUAUGUUACUGAGAUUGCGUGAUCCUACACUAAAAGAUUUGCACUGGUUUGUCAGUGGGGCUUAGAGUGCACAUUUUAAGGUAUUGCUGUUGAUCUUUAAUGCAUUUUAGGAUUUAACUGAGGAACUGCCUGUCCAUUAGAAAUUGUCUCCGUGUUUACAUCUGCUGGAGAUAUCCCACUGAAAUUGCUUCUUAACUUGCUCAAGUAAAAAGGUGAGGCAUAACAAGUAAAUAAUAUUAUGGUAGAAAUAAGACUAAGGUCCCAGGUUCUCUACAGUACUAAGACUAGGGAAGCCAAGCGGAGAAAUCCAGGUAUCCCAUGCUAAUGAUUUUUACUUUAUAACGAUUCCCAUAAAAGAAUGUUGUUGAAAGAUGGUUUUUUUCCAUUUGCAUUUAUGUAGGAGAAUUAGCAUGCAAGCACUGAAGCCCUUUAAGGAGCCAGUAUUGAAGCUGUAGGAAAGGUGUAAUCCUACGCUCAGUAUUGGAGUAUGUGGAGAAUCAUUUGAAAAAGAAGGCCUAUUUUCAACAAGUAAGCACAUUGUUGGGGCUACUGCAGUGCAAUAGAUGGGCUCAGGAUACUUUCCAAUACUUGAAGCAGUUCUCUCUGAAUCUGUAUGUUGAGUGAUAUGACUGAGCUCAAAUUCUUUGACGAAAGUACUUCUAUUAUAGCUUUCCUUCAAUCUGAUUGAAGGGGCUACAUCAUAACAAUUUUGCAAAGAAUAUCCACAUUCUAGCAACGGAUAUACAGGAGCUGGAAUAACAGUUACGGGGCAGUAGUAUCUGAGUCAGUAACAGAUAUUUUCCUUCCUUUCUCUUGUGCUAAACUCUAUAUUCAGUGCUUAAAUCCCGGCAGCUGAAUGUCAGUUGCAACAACUGUAAUAAAUAUAUUUAAUGAUUCUCCUACCCAUUUGUAAACCUGCCUUAAAGCAAAACCCUGAUCACAAAUGCAUUCAGUUGUAACUUUUCUCACUCUUCAUCUUUUGGAGAUGGGAGUGGAACAGUUGUGUUUACUUGCAGCUUGGUCAUAAACCGGUUGUCCCAGGUCCCUAACCUUUCCUCAUGCUGUUGAGAGAGAAAAGGGUAUAUUUAUCCAAGAAAGCUCUCUUCCUGUAUAAUAGACCUUGCUUUUGUGAAUGUGAACACCCCAUAAGUCUACCAUUUGGUUCCAGGUUGUCAAAUCAUCCAAAGUGAUGUAUAUGUCAUGUUUGAUCACCAUUGAUUUGUCCAGGGUGCUUCCUCUCACAUCUCCACAAUCUUUGGGUUUCUCUCCCAUGGAUCCCACCUGCCUACAUAUCCAUAGUCUUCCCUUCUUGUAGCAAAAUGGCUGUUCUGCAAGAUCCCUUAGGAUGCCUUCCUUCUUUCAGUAAUAGCUGCCUGCCUUGUUUUUGCUAUCUUUUCAAAUGUAGAAAUAGUAUAUGGAGAGCUUUUUUUUACGAUCAAUAAAUUGAGGGUGGGGAAGAGAGAUCCCGGAAUGCUUAACCACAAAAGAGGGUUUAGUAUCUCAUAAAAUGAAAUGCAUAUCUAUAAAUAUAUAUAGAACUAUAUAGGUAUAUAUCGGCUCUUUUCUCCUCCAUGGCUGCCGUUCCUUCUGCAGUGGCCUUGUUGAUGUGUCACUUCCUGAAACGUAGGUAGAUCUAAGGUUCCAGCCCUUCUUUUGCCUGACAGAAUUAAUAGGCUUGAGGGGGUGUUGUGAAAUAUGGAGUGAUGUAUCCUCUUGACUGGUAAGCCAACGAAUAAUUCACCGAAGUGCUCCUGUGAGCAGGUCCUCACAAGCUAGCAUUUUAUCUGUCCCGUGGUUCCCGUGGUCCUGUGUUGGCUACCACAGGCCUGGGUGAGUUUUGUGGCAUUUCAUCUUUGUAUUCUUCUAUUUUUAAAACUUUAAAAAUGAAUAAAUACACGAAACCCUGCCACUUAGCAACUUGUUCUUUCAGCCACUGUUCUUACCAAACAUAUAAUGUGCCUUUUUAUUUAUGCUGCAAAUGUAACAUUAAAAUAUUAACAAAAAUAA